AUAGAAGUAGUACUGGCACAGUGGCACCGCCGUUACUUACCUUAUUCAACCCGAGCUCACGUCUGAUCCUUCCAGUUUACGCUGUUUUACAGUAAGAGCGAUCUUCUCCGUUGCAGUCAUGCCGAUGUUCGUGGUGAACACAAACGUGUCUAAGGACGCGGUUCCUGCUGAGCUGCUCUCGGAGGCCACGCAGGAGCUCGCCAAAGCGAUGGGGAAACCCGCGCAGUACAUAGCCAUACACAUCAACCCAGAUCAGAUGAUGAUGUUUGGGGGCAAAGGAGAUCCAUGCGCACUCUGCUCUCUCACCAGCAUUGGAAAGAUUGGGGGGGCACAAAAUAAGAAAUAUUCCAAACUUCUUAUGGGCCUGCUCAACAAACACCUUGGGAUUUCACCCGACAGGAUCUAUAUAAACUUUGUUGAUAUGGAUGCAGCCAAUGUGGCUUGGAACAGCACCACCUUUGGAUAAAGAGUAUGGAUUUAUGGCCUGAUAUAAGGCUGCCGUUUCUAUUCCAGCUCUAUUCAGAGAAAAGCUUUUGGAAGCAUAAUGCUAUUAGUCAUACAAAGUGUACAAAGCAUAAUGCUAUCAGUUAAAUCUUAACACACAGCACUUACUGCUUACAGCAGACAACCUCUUGCUUUGACAAUAAAGUUUUCUUUCAACUGUUA